CAGGCAUCGACGCCACCCAGUUCCUGGUACACUUCCCAAGCUCACACGGACAGUGAGGCCAACCGAGUGUUCAGCAGCUCGUGGGUCUAUGUUGGACACCUUGGGAGCCUGAAGGAGUCUGGAACCUUUACAGCAGGCACGUACAUGGGCAUGCCGUAUGUGCUGGCGCGCUCAGCUGACGGCCAACUCAGAGCCUUUCACAAUGUCUGCAGACACCAUGCAGCAGCAGUGGCUUUGGGCAGUGGACGCCAGGAUUGCUUCACAUGCCCCUAUCAUGGCUGGACAUAUGGCUUGGAUGGACGGCUGCGCAGAGCACCUCACAUGAGGGGAAUUGAGAACUUCCGAGCAGCCGACUAUGGCCUCAGACAGCUUCGCAUGAGAACAUGGGGUCAUUUCAUCUUCCUGAAUUUUGACAGCAAUGACAUCACGUGCUGCACAGGUGUUGGCAGUUUUGAAGCUCAGCUAGGACCGGAGGGUCUGCAAGCUAUGGAGGCCGCUGGCAUCGCAGAUAGUCACCUUGUGCACGUCGCCUCACAAAGCUACACCCUGCAAUGCAACUGGAAGGUUUUUUGUGAUAAUUACCUGGAUGGCGGUUACCAUGUAUCAAUAGCGCAUCCUGAUCUUGCAGCUGGUUUGGAUUUGACUACGUAUUCCAGCACCAUCUAUGAAAGCUGCUCAAUCCAAAGCUGUCAACCUAAGAAUGCAGCUAAAGUACGAUUAGGUGAAAGGGAGGCAGCAUAUGCUUUUGUAUACCCCAAUCUCAUGAUCAAUCGCUAUGGGCCCUGGAUGGAUACAAAUCUGGUGCUUCCGGAUGGACCCAGGAGAUGCACCGUGCACUUUGAGUACUGGCUCGAGCAGAGCCUUGUUCAUGACUCAUCGCUGAUUGAUUCGAGCCUUGCAGACAGUGAUCAGGUGCAACAGGAAGAUAUUGCUCUCUGUGAGGCUGUGCAAAGGGGUUUGCACUCUCCCGCUUAUGAUACUGGCAGGUAUGCUCCUGGUUUGGAGCAGCCCAUGUUCCAUUUCCACAAGCUGCUACAGAGAGAUCUCAUGGGGUCUGCACAGCUCGAGGCGUGA